AUGAAGCUCUUGGUCUUUCUCCUUGGGCUCCUUGGGCUCUUUGCUCAAGUGUCUGCCUCCCAGUUUAGCGGUCUCCAGGUCCUUGCCAAUGCCGACAAUGAUUACACUUGCUCUCUUUCCAAGCCCUGCACUAUUGGUUGCUGCGGCCCUCUCAAUGACUUAACCGGUAAAGGUGUCUGCGGCUUUGGUCCAGAUUUCUGUGGAGAAGGAUGUACCUCGUCUUGUGACCGAAAGAGCGAGUGUGACGCUGGCUGGGGAAUGCAGUGGUCGAAUCACUCGACUUGUCCUUUGAACGUUUGUUGCAGCAAGUUUGGAUUCUGUGGUACUACGACCGACUUCUGUGGAGACAAAACUGUGGUUUCACCUCAGUGCAGCGGCACCAGCGCUCACCAACGGACCAUAGGUUAUUUUGAAGGUUGGAACAUGGAUCAGCGGAAGUGCAACACAAUGGCACCCGAAGAUAUCCCUCUUGGAAUCUACACACACAUCAAUUUCGCUUUCGCGCUCAUCGACCCAAAGACCUUUCGGAUUGCCCCCAUGGACCAGAACACCGGCUCUAGAUACCGUGCCGUCACCUCCCUCAAGAACCGGCAGCCGUCGCUGAAGGUCUGGAUCGCCAUAGGUGGUUGGGCAAUGAACGAUCCAGGAGCCACCCGAACUACCUUUUCUGAUCUUGCUGCAUCCGAGGAAAAGCAAGAUAUUUUCUUCGAGUCGCUGCUUAGCUUCAUCGUGAAUAAUAACUUUGAUGGUGUUGACUUGGACUGGGAAUAUCCUGUUACCGAUGAUCGCGGUGGAAAGCCCGAAGACUUUGGUAACUUCGUCACCUUGCUUGAGCGGCUCCGAGGUCGGUUGAAUCAGAUUCCUAGGCCGAUUGGGCUGUCAAUUACUCUGCCUGCCUCCUAUUGGUAUCUUCGAGGUUUUGACAUCAUCCGUCUUGAACAACAUGUUGAUUUUCUAAAUGUUAUGACCUACGAUAUCCACGGUACUUGGGACGGGCCUAUUGAAUCUUUGGGUCCAUACGCCCUCGCGCACACGAACCUCACGGAAAUCAAUCUGGCUCUGGAGCUCCUUUGGCGCAACAACAUCAAUCCCUCCCGCGUGAAUCUCGGUCUCGGCUUCUAUGGUCGCAGCUUUACUCUCGAAUCUCCCAACUGUAUUGCACCGGGCUGCAAAUGGAGCGGCGCCGGUAGGCCAGGUCCUUGCACAAAUACAGGCGGUGUUCUCUCGGCCACUGAAAUUUCCCACAUCCUCAAAACUGAAAAGGGUGUGACAUAUCUCGACAAGGAUGCUGCCGUACGGGUUGCCGUAUUCGACGAAGACCAGUGGGUUGCCUACGAUGAUGCGGAAACCUUGAAAAUGAAGCUAGACUUCGCCAAUAAGCGUUGCUUGGGUGGCACAAUGGUUUGGGCGGCUGACUUGGAUGAUGGCGCCCUGAUUGAUGCUUUGGGCGAGGCAAUGGGCAAAGAAAAAGCCUUUGUGGGUGACGGGCUUCCUGAUCUUGUUGGGGAUCUAGGAACUAUUAUCGAGCCGACCAACUUGCCUGCCUAA